CUGGUCGUUUCGAGGAAGGAGGGUCUACAAAGGAAAUGCUACCUAGUGAUUGGUUGUGGCGCGUUAGGAACAUGGCUACAGGAACUUGGACAGUUCAAACCUGGCAUUGAUUGGUUUGCGAAGAGGCGGGGCCCCUCGACCGCUUGAGAAGUGGCCGCAGCGGCGAGAAGAGCCAUGGGUCAUGCGGCCAAGGUGACAGGGCCCAGGGAGGGGAUGGGUGCGAUGCAGACAGGGAGGGUUUUACAGCUCUUUAAAACAUUGCACAGGACCAGACAGCAAGUUUUUAAAAAUGAUGCCAGAGCAUUAGAAGCAGCCAGAAUAAAAAUAAAUGAAGAAUUCAAAAGUAAUAAAAGUGAGACUUCUCCUAAGAAAAUAGAAGAGCUAAUGAAAGUAGGUUUCGAUGUUGAAUUGUUACUCAGAACAUCUGUUAUACAAGGUAUUCACACAGACCACAAUACACUGAAAUUGGUCCCUCGGAAAGACCUUCUUCUAGAAAACAUGCCAUAUUGUGAUGUACCAACUCAGAAGCAGUGAAUUUUCUAGAAUAAAAUAAGUCUUUGUACUUUUUAAUUUUAAAACACUUAACUCUGGCAAAAAGUCCUGAAAAUGCAGACAUUUUUCUCUGAUCUGGCAUAUUGAACAUGAAUGAAUUAAACAAUAGCUUCAUAUUUAAAUUUCAUGUUAAAAAGACAUUGCUGAGAAGUAAAGAACAUAGUUGAGUAUUUCUAAAGGAAAUUAGAUGAGAAGACUUUCCAUUUCAUUGAAAAUCAAACUUCAUAAAGCAAAAUAAUUAGAGAAAUACAUUCACUUCUUUUUGACCUUCAUGAGUAUUUGGUCUUACAAUGACUAUGUGAGAAUGUAGUGUUUUGACAAGUUGGUGAGAUUUUCUCUCAUGUGAAAUCCAAUUAUUAGAUUUGAAUUAUUAGAUUAAAUUUAUAUUUAGUCCCCAAAACAUUCUACUAAUCAAAAAAAAUCACAGUAUGUGCCAGUUUGCCACUGAAGGUGGCCUUUUUUUUCUAAAGCACUGGAAUUAUUUCUGUAGCUAACAAAUAAUUAUACAGUUUCUUUUUUAGAGGUAGAGAGUAUCUCUGUGUUCUCCUAAAGACAUUUUUUAUCAGUCUUAUGAAAAUAGAUUAAUUAAAUAUCAAAAUCAAGGCCAGGCAUGAUGGCUCACAUCUGUAAUCCUAGCACUCUGGGAGGCGGAGGCAGGUAGAUCACCUGAGGUCAGAAGUUCGAGACCAGCCUGAGCAAGAGAAAGACCCCAUCUCUACUGAAAAAUAGAAAAACUAGCCAGGAGUUGUGGUAGGCAUCUGUAAUCCCAGCUACUAGGGAGGCAAGAGGAUUGCUCAAACCCAGGAGUUUGAGGUUGCUAUGAGCUAUGAUGACACCAUGGCACUCUACCCAUGGCUACCAAAAAAAAUCAAAAUCACCUAAGAUCACUGUGGAAUAAAGAAAUCCUAAUGUUUUUAGGAAAUAAUGGCUCUUGAUCAAAGUAUAUAAUAUGAUCUUAGUAGAAUUAGCUGUAUUUUAAGACAAAUUAGAUUUUUUUUUUUUUUUUGAGACAGAAUCUCACUUUGUCACCCUCAGUAGAGUGCUCUGGCGUCAUAGCUCACAGCAACUUCAAACUCUUGGGCUCAAGUGAUUCUCUUGCCUCAGCCUCCCAAGUAGCUGGAACUACAGGCGCCUGAGACAAUGCUUGGCUAUUUUUAGAGAGGCCUUGCUUUUGCUCAGAGUGGUAGUGAACCCAUGAGUUCAGGCAAUCCACCCGCCUUGGCCUCCCAGAGUGCUAGAUUUACAGGUGUGAACUACCACACCAAGUUAAAUUUUAUUGUGAAAAUGUAAUAGAUGACUUCAUUCUCUUUGUUUUAAUCAAUGAAAUUUAAGUGGCUUCUGUUUUUCCAUAUCUCGUUCCUGAUGAGAUGGACAGUAUCACAAAAGGACUUGACAUUCUUCCAUCUAACACUAAGAACUAUAAAAUCAUAUUUAAUAUUCUUCUUACUCCUUUUCUGUUGUUAAAACAUUGGUAUAUCCUUGCUGGGUAUAAUAUAUCAUGUUUGAAAAUACUUUAACUUUAGAAGAUCAAAAACUAAAAAAAAACUAAAAAAAAAAAAAAAAAGAAGAAGAUCAAAAACGUUAUCAGAAUUAUUGCACCGUUAACUACAGACUACCCUUCAUGCCUCCCGACACUUGAGGAGCUCAGUUAAAGUUCUGUGUAAUAACAAAGGUACAUAUCAAAAGAUUCACUACAUAAUUUUUUAUCUCCUAUGUAUAUUUAUUACUAUGUAUAUAGAAAUUAUACCUAGAGAAAAAUAAAAGUUGUUUCAAAUUUGAAAUUUGCCCUUAUAAGAGAAGGCUGAAAAUCUUUACAGAACAAUUGCUAUAUAAAUAUACUGGCCUGCUAUUUCAAAGUCUAUAUUACGUAUUUUGAGAAAAGUUGGCUGAUAUUAUUUAAAUUUAAUGUAUAUUCUAUAUUGUUUAAUGAUAUAAACAUUGUUUAGAAGUUCACACAUUUUUUUUUCUUUAACCUGAAUUCCCUGGUUCCAUUCUUACUUUAGUUUAAAUAUUUCAUCAGAUUUCUUCUUCUUUUUUUUUUUUUUCUGAGACAAAGACUUACUCUGUUGCCUGAGGCUAGAGUGUUGUGGCAUCUUAGUUCACAGCAUCCUUAAACUCUUGGGCUCAAGCUUCUUGCUUCAGCCUCCUGAAUAGCUGGGACUCCAGGCUCCAGCCACAACACCCAGGUAGUUUUUCUACUUUUAGUGGAGACAGGGACUAGCUCUUGCUCAGGCUUGUCUCAAACUCCUGAGCUCAAGCAAUCCACCUGCCUCAGCCUCUCAGAGUUCUAGGAUUACAGGUGUGAGCCACCGUGCCUGACCAUCAGAUUUCUUUUUUAUAAACUAGUCAUCAUUAGUAGCAAUAGAGAUUAAUAAUUCAAAUUUAUUUUAUUAAAGAUAGUGCCUUAUUGAAAUAUAUGUAGACACAGGCAAAUAAAUAUUAUACUUUCAUGCCAUAAGAUAAUUCAGUAAAGUUAUUGUAACAUAUAUAAACAUACCAAUAGCAGGCUUGACUGUCUCAAAAUUAUGAAAUAUUGGCAUUCUAUCCUAAUACACAUGUAGCAUGUGUUUAUAUUUCAAAUGGAUUUUAACUGGCUAUUUAAUAGUUUCAUUAAAUAGCUUAAAGUAAUUCAUGAAUUCUUUCCCUAUGAAAAAACAAAGAAUGAGAGUCACUCUUCUAGAAAUUAAACUACUACACCUGAAUAGAGUUUUAUCUCAUAAACCAUUUAUAAAAACUGAGAUCGGUGAUUUUCUAGGUACCUAACUUCUUUUGUACAAUGCUAACAUUUAAUUAAAUCAUUUUAUUUUAUUUUAUUUUAUUUUUUUAGAAAUGAGAUCUCACUGUGUUGCCCAUGCUGGAGAGCAGUGGCUAUUCACAGGAAUAGUCAUAAUGCACUGGGGCCUGGAACUGGCAGGCUCUAGAGUUCUGCCUGCCUCAGCCUCCCGAGUAGCUAAAGGCAUGCGCCACUGCAUCCAGCUUUAAUUAAUUAAAUCAUUUGAAUUAGUUGUUGUUUUGAAGGCUUCCCAUAUUCCUAAAGGGAGUUGCUUGGUUUUUAAAAAGCUUCCCAUAUUCCUACAGGGAGUUGCCCAAAUCUAACAUUUUGGUUUGACUAUUGCAAUCUGAUGAAAGUGAGGUGUACAAAUUCUAAUUGCUGAUACCCAGGUUCAGAGGGCCAGCAGGACUUUAUAACAGUCUUUUGACAGACAUUAGGAAUGGUAUAUGGCAGGCGACUCACAUUUGGGAAGCAUAUAUAGGGAAGAAUCCUUCCCUGAAGAUUUGAAACUGGAAGAAUAUGGUAGAUAGUUUAUAUAACAUCUAAUUCAAAACAUUACAAUUGCGAUUUGCAUCAAAUUGUGUUUAAGUUGGUUCUUAUUUUGCCUGUAGUUGCAUCUUUCAACAUGAGUACAGUAUCCAAAAAGCACAUGAUAUAAGUGGAAUUGUUAUACUCAGAGACAAAGCAGAAAAUGUAACUGUAAACACAAAGGCAUAGGUCAACAAACCCUGUCCUGGCCAAACUGCAACAACAACAAAAAAAUAGCCGGGUGUUGUGGUGGGCGCCUAUAGUCCCAGCUAGUGGGAGGCUGAGGCAAGAGACUUGCUUAAGCCCAAGAGCUGGAGGUUGCUGUGAGCUGUGAUGUUACAGCACUCUAUGGAAGGCAAUGGAGUGUAAUUCUGUCUUUAAAAAAAAAAAAUUCUAAUUCUUUUUUUUGCAGUUUUUGGCUGGAGCUGGGUUUGAACCUGCCACCUCUGGCAUAUGGGGCUGGUUCCCUACUCCUUUGAGUCACAGGCACCACCUGAAAAUUCUAAUUCUUCAGAUGAGUUUUCUCAAGCAAAAGUGGAUAGAUGCAAAAUUAAUAUAGCUGUAUUAUAUAUCAGCUGUAACCAGUCCAGGUUGAAAGGGAAAAAAGAUCCUGAUUAUAAUAGCAAACUAAGAUACUUUUAACAAAAGUAAGAUAGAUACUUUUUACAAAAACCAUAACACUUAAAAAUGAGAGGUAUAUUACGUACCUAAAAGAAACAAUUGAAAAUUCUAGAGAUGACUGUUAUUCAAAAAUUAAUCUGUUGAAAUCCCCAUAGAUGGAUAGAUAUGUCUACUCUAUCCUGAAGAAGCUACUAUAAAAGUUCAGAGAAAAUUAUUUGCCACCUGUGUUAUAAUUAAAAUAUUAGGUGCUCCUAUGAAUCAGCAAAAUACAACUUUGGAAAAAUGGGCAAAUGAUAUAAGAAGUUCACAAAAGAAGAAAUACUAAGUCUCUCUCAUGAGCAGAUAAAUGUAAAUUUAAAUGAAACAUUUUUCGUAAUUGCCAAGACAUGGAAACAGCCCAACUGCCCAUCGACCCAUGAAUGAAUUAAAUUGUGGUAUAUGUACACCAUGGAAUACUAUGCAGCCGUAAGAAAAGAUGGAGACUUUACAUCUUUUAUGUUUACCUGGAUGAAGCUGGAACAUAUUCUUCUCAGUAAAGUAUCUCAAGAAUGAAAAAAAGGUAUCCAAUGUACUCAAUACUACCAUGAAAUCAACAUAUAAUCACCUACACAUUCAUACAAAUGGUAAAACAUAACUAUAGUCCAGAAAGUGGAAGGGAAGAAGAGAGAGAGGGGAGAGGAGGUGGAAGGAGGGAGGGUAUUUGGGGGGGGAACCUCACCUAAUGUGCAUGAUGCAAUGGUACCUUUCAAAACUAUUAAGCGUAUAAUUGUGAUGGAUGUGUUAAUAAGUUCAAUGUAAACAUUUCACAUUGUAUAUCAAAUCAGUACACUGAACCCCAUAAAUGCAUCAGUGUACACAGUUGUGACUUAAUAAAAACAAAAAGAAAAUAAAAAGGAAACAUUUUUGUUCAUCAAAUUAUAACAAGUUAAAGAAACAUAUCCAAUAUAUAUAAGGGUAGGAGGAAGUGACCGUCUCAGAUUUUUUUUUUUUUUUUUUUUUGCAGUUUUUGGCCAGGGCUGGGUUUGAACCCACCACCUCCAGCAUAUGGGGCCGGCACCCUACCCCUUUGAGCCACAGGUGCCACCCUCUUCAGAUAUUUUUUAAAAGUCUCUAUAUUGUCCAGGCUGGACUCAAGUUCCUGGGUUCAAAUGAUCCUCCUCAGCACCCUAAGUAGCUGGAAUUACAGGUAUGUACCACCACACCCUACCACAGGGCCUUUUUGAAAGCCAAAAAAUGUUAACGUUAUCAAACUUUUUUUUUGGUAGAGACAGAGUCUCACUUUGUCACCUUCAGUAGAGUGCCAUGGCGUCACACUGCUCACAGCAACCUCCAACUCCUGGGCUUAGGCGUUUCUCUUGCCUCAGCCUCCCAAGUAGCUGGGACUACAGGCGCCCGCCACAAUGCCCGGCUAUUUUUUGUUGCAGUUCAGCCAGGGCCGGGUUUGAACCCUCCACCCUUGGUAUAUGGGGCCAGCGCCCUACUCACUGAGCCACAGGCGCCACCCAACAUUAUCAAACUUUUAAAUAUACAUACUAUUCAGUGUAUUUUUCAAGUGCUCACAAGGGAACUAGAAAAUGUGUACUAAGGUAUAUGUACAGAAAUUUCUGGAACAUUGUAAUUUAAAAAAAUGUAAAACAGGCCAGGCAGUAAUCCUAGCACUCGGACAGGCCAAGGUGGGAGGAUUGCUUGAGGCCAGGAAUUCCACACCAGCCUAAGCAAGACCCUCAACACUACAAAAAAUAGGGAAAUUAGGCAUUAGUAGGUUCCUGCAGUCCCAGCUACUCAGGAGUCUGAGACAGGAGGAUCACUAGUGUCCAGGAGUUUGAGAUUGCAGUGAGCUAUGACGACGCCACUGCACUCUAGACUUGGCAACAAUCUCAAAAAAAAAAAAAAAAAAACCCAAACUAAAACCAAUUAAGUUUCCAA